AUUCACUCGCCCUGUUUCCAAAGCUUAUGCUUGUUUCUUUUACAGAGAAUUUCCAGCAUUCGCUGCUGGUGUUGCUUGAUUUCUAAACUGCUUGAUGUUCAGGAGUUGUUAGCUCUAGUUUUGGAGCUGAAACCAAUUUGGGGCUUUUCUCCUUCUGGGGGUUUCCCCCUUUGCGCUCCAUUCCAGCUGCUGCAGUUUAACACCGGAGCUGUAAUUGAGCUAAAAUCAGUGUGUGUGUGUGUGUGUGUUUUCCUUCCAGCAUCUCUUUCACGUCUACAGUUUUACAGGGAGCUCUGUGUGUUUCGGUGCAAGUUCCCUGCCCUCAGGAGCUUGCCCUGCCUGCCGCUGCAUGCCCCCUUCAGAGGAAUUUAUUCAGCUUUGUGGAGCUUUUUCUGGUGAUCCGUUGCUUGCCCUCGGCUGCUGACUGCCUGUUCUGCAAGGAGCUCACAGAAGAACGUUUGGGGCCGUUCGGAGGACGCAGCGCACCCAUCCAAUCAGGAUAGGACUUUCCUCGGGACAACGAUGGCUCUAGCUGGGCCUCUGAGCAGCCAGAUAUUCCUUCCAGCCUCUCUAUUCCCUGGAAAGUUUCCUCGGUCACAUCCCCCAUCCAAGAUGGCGGACCAAGUUGGCACUCCUGCGGAGACUAAGGCGUUGUGUCUGGCCAGCCAGGAAUCUCAUCGGCAGAUGUUCCGCCAGAGCAUUGUCCCACUUGGAGAAACUCCUCUGGGGACGCUGUCCCGCCUGAGCGAUGCUGCUCAUCGAUGGCUGCGCCCUCAAGAACGCACCAAGGAACAGAUUGUGGAUAUGAUCGUCCUGGAACAAUUCUUGUCUCUGCUUCCAGAGGAGAUGCAAGUUUGCCUGAGAACUAGAGGGCCAGGCAGCAGCAGCAGCAGCAGCAAAGAGAUUGCUCACAUGGUGGAGGCUGCCCUGCAACAGCAAGAACCAGCUGAAGUCGUCGUCGAGCUGCCAGUGAAUUUUGAUGAGCCAUCGGCGUCCCUUUCUGAAAGUGAGCAGACUUCAGUGAACCCCAGGCAAAAGACCCUUUACUGGAAAGUCAUGGAGGAGAGUGAUGAGAGCGGGUCGUCAUCAAUGGUGCUUCAGCUGUCAGACAGCAACACAUCACAAACAAAAGCUGCCAGUCUUAAGAAGUCUGAAACAGGGAUCCUAGCAUCCAUACAGCCUGAAUCCAUACAUCCAGUCUCAACUUGCACUGUUGCCGAUCCAGAUAUCAAUAUGGUGGAAAUAAAUCCAGAAAGCGAGUUUUGGCAGGAUGAUCCUAAAGACGAAGGGAAUGAGAUUCCUUCCUGGCCUAUUGAGGAAGAAGAAGAUAAUGUGAGCUGGUACCGGCCACAGCAAAGCGAUCAGCAGGGAAGCCACCCAUGGAAGGAAGAAGAAAACGCAUUUCAUUUUGGAAGCAAUUUGGAAGAAAACCACGAUCCACAGAUCCACUUACAAACCGACCAAGAAGUGGUUGACUACACUUCUACUUGGCCUGGGGAAACAUACCCAAGCACAUCAGGGUAUGAGAAAAGGGACCCCAGAGGAAAAUCGUCCUACAUGUGGCUUGAAUGUGAAAAAUGGCCCCCCUUCAGCUCUGACUUUGUAGGCCACUCAGAGAUCUUCACUGAACUGAAUCCCUCUGAAAACACCUUAAGCAAUAGUUCAGUCCUCUUUAAACAUGUUGCCUCUACCACAAGAGAAAGAUGCUACGCUUGCAAGGACUGUGGGGGAAGUUUCGCUUGCAAAUCAAGCCUUGAUCGGCAUCGGAUGAGUCACACAGCCAACAGGCCCCACAAAUGCCAUGAGUGCGGCAAGAGCUUCCAAGUCCGGUCAACUCUUGUGCGUCACCAAAGGAUCCACACAGGGGAGAAACCUUACCAGUGCCCCCAUUGCGGCAAGAGCUUCAGAGUGAAAUCAUCCCUGACCCAGCACCAGAGACUUCACACUGGAGAGAAGCCAUUCCAGUGUCCUGACUGCGGGAAAAGAUUUAAUCAGCGCAUGAAACUCGUCUAUCAUUAUAGAACCCACACAGGCGAGCGACCCUAUCAGUGCUUCGACUGUGGCAAAGGCUUCAUUAGACAUUCAGGCCUUGUUCAACAUAAUGAGAGAGUCCACUCUGUCACCCCAGCUGCGGCGGGUUCCCCCGUAGCGACCAGGCAGCCGCGGCUGCUGCUCCCGGCAAAGCGCGGCGUUCGGCCGGGCGGCCGACCGGAGGGAGAACUGCCGCUGGCCGGGCUCAGCCUCGUGGCGCAGCCGCGGGCGCCGCUCGCAGCCCUUAACCCUUCAGCAGCCGGAGACGCCAGAGGCUGCGAUCUGUCUGAGCUGCGGCUGCUGGUGGCAAUGGAGCAGUAUGUGCUGCUGGAUCCCCGGCAGAAGGCCUUGUACCACGACGUCAUGCAGGAGAGCUACGAGACGCUAAUGGCACUUGAAUUUCCACUGUCCAAGCCUGACUUGCUGUCCCGAUUGGAACAAGGAGAUGAGGCGACAACCUUUGACCUGCAGGACCCGAGUGUCAUCCUUCCAGCCAUCAGUGGCAACAUGGAGGAAGAGAAUCUUCCUGCACAAAAGGACCCCAAAGAGGCGGAGCUGGCAGCAGAAGACUCUGAGAGUCCCAGGGAUGUUGAUCUGAGCAGUAGCAUCCUGGCUGAGAGCGCCCUGCCCCCCGCCUCGCCUUCAUCCCCGCCCCCUCCUCCUGCCGCCCUCCACAACCCCAACAACUGCCUCCAGUGUGGCAAAACCUUCAGCCACAAGUCCGCCUUGGUGAAACACCAGAAGAUCCACACGGGAGAGAAGCCCUAUGAGUGCGAGGAGUGCGGGAAGGGCUUCAUCCAGCGCUCCGACCUGACGAUCCACCAGAGAACCCACACGGGGGAGCGGCCGUACCACUGCUCUGACUGCGGGAAGAGCUUCAGCGUCAGCUCCACGCUGCUGACCCACCAGCGGACCCACGCGCCGGGGGGAGAGAAGCCCAACCACUGCCCCGAGUGCGGGAAGUGCUUCAGCGAGCCGGCGGCCCUGGAGCGGCACCGCAAGAGCCACGCCGGAGAGAAGCCCCACGAGUGCGCCGACUGCGGGAAGAGCUUCGCCUGGAGCUCCCACCUGGAGAGGCACCGGCGGAUCCACACCGGCGAGAAGCCCUACAAGUGCCCCGAGUGUGGGCGGGCGUUCGCCUGGAGCUCGCACCUGGAUCGCCACAGGCGAACGCACGCCGGGGCAGCUCUGCCCGAGGAGGCUCCGCCCUCAAAAUGCGCAGAUUGCGGCAAGCGGGUCAACCACAUCACUCAGCCUCAGCGCUUCAAGCACAAAGCCACCCAGACCCCUCUGGAGCACGAGGAUGCAGAGGCAGCGGAGGAACAGGAGGCUGAGGCCAAGGCACGGCCCUAUCCGUGCACACUCUGCGGGAAACGCUUCAGCCAGAGCUCCAACCUGCUCAAACACCAGCGCGUCCACACAGGGGAAAAGCCCUACCAGUGCCCGGAAUGUGGGCGGCGGUUUAGCUGGUGCUCCGCCCUCCUCAAGCACCAACACGCCCACAGCAACAGCAGGCCGCACUCCUGCCCAGAGUGCGCCCGCAGCUUCCGGGACCCGGCCUCCCUGGCCAAACACCAGCUCAACCACACCGGCGGGAAGCCUCACCAGUGUCCCGACUGCGACAAAAGCUUCGGGUGGAGCUCGCACUUGGAGCGGCACCGGCGUAUCCACACCGGGGAGAAGCCCUACGAGUGCGGGGACUGCGGCCGGGGGUUCACGGUGGGCUCCCACUUGGAGAGGCACCGGCGCAUCCACACCGGGGCCCGGCCCCAUGGCUGCGGGGAGUGCGGCAAGACCUUUGCCGUCGGUGCCACGCUGGCCACCCACCGGCGCCUCCACGACGCCAAGGCCAAGCCUCACCGCUGCCCCGAAUGCGGGAAAGGGUUCAGCAGCGCGGCGGUGCUUGAACGUCACCGCCGGUUGCACCGCGGAGAGAAGCCCUACCAGUGCGAUGUCUGCGGCAAGGGCUUUGCUUGGAGCUCGCAUUUCGACCGCCACCGGCUCUCGCACACCGGAGAGAAGCCCUUUCCGUGCGCCUACUGUGGGAAGUGCUUCGGCCGCAGCUCCCACCGCAACCGGCACCAGCGUGCUCACGCGGUCUCCAAAGACCAAUGCCUGCCGCAGAGCAACCAAGACGAUGCAUUGCUGGCAACGGCCGCGCCUGAAUGGUGGGAAGGGGAAGGUGAAAGGAGGGUCCCACUGGAGCAGCAGGAAGUCUGGUCGUCUCCGCUAGAUCCCGUUGGCCCUUUCCCGUGGGUGGCCAAAUCUGCUGGUGAUGCAUGGAGGACCAUAGGGGGAAACGGUUUGGGGCAAGAAGCCGAGAGUUUGACAGCCCCUGCCAGAAGCUGGACUCAGCCAGCUGCUCACAUGCCCACUACUAACCCCCCUUGAUCAAUGCUGUGCAAAUCUCACUCCCAUUUUGCUGCCCCUUCUGCUCUUCGCACACAGAAACACUCAAACACUUCUCCCUUACCCAGUAAACCAACUGUAGCUGGUCCUUAUCUGCCUUGCCUCCCCACACCUCCAUGGGCCAAAUGUGACGGGUGAGCAGGGCCCACAUCACGGGAUGCUGUGCUUUGAAGGCCCAGCACUCAGUUGAUUGUUGGCACGUCAAAGCACCACACAGAGCUCUUUGCAAGGGACCCUGUGCUGUGCUUUGAGGUACUGCCAACCAACUGAUCUUUGCUGCUUCGGAAGCCAUUUUUGGCCCUACACAACUGUCUUUUUAUGUGCCUGCAUGUGACGUCAUAUAUGACACCUGGUGAUUGGCAGGUGGGCGUGGCUUGGCUAAAGUUCCUUACCCCUAGUUAAAGAGCUGAAGUUGGGCUGAGGAGCCAAAGUUGCAUGACACGAGGAAGGAACUGGGACCCACUGAAUUGUUCGUAUUGCAAGUUCAGGUUCUGGUUGCCAAGGGGGUCUCAUUGGACUCAGCUGUGUCACAGAGUGUGGCAGAGGCUGGAAACAUGUCAUGUCCAACUUUGAGAAUGACCCUCUCCCUCCACAGAUUAAACCACUGGCACCCUAGAGUGAAGAAGAUCCAAGAGGACACAAGCAAAGAAAAAAUAGGAGUACAGUGGUACCUUGGUUCUCAAACUUAAUCCAUUCUGGAAAUCCGUUCCAAAACCAAAGCAUUCCAAAAC